CGCGGUGGCGGGAGCUGGGGCUGCGCGCUGUCUCCGGGGUGAGGGGAUCCGGCAGGCGAGCGGGCGCGCUGGUGUGGCCCACGCUCCGUCCUCGGCGGUGCCUCUGCCGGCCGUCCCCUCUCCGGGGCCCCGAGAAGGCGAGUCAGGCCGCGCUCCAGGGCCCGGCGUGAGGAGGGGGCAUGGCCAGCGUCCCCCAGCUGGUGGACGACCUGUGCGAGGCCCUCCUGCCGGCCGCGAAGGCUCACUCUGGCCAGCGCCGCGGGAGCCGCAAGAAGGCCAAGCAGAGCCUCAAGAGGGUGGCCUACAACGUUCUGUUCACGAGCCUCUUUCAAGAUGAGACCCGCAAGCUGCAGCCCGGCCUCCCGAGACUCCCGGUGAAAAACAGGAUCCUCAUGCUGUCCUUCGACUUGCGAGUGAGCGGCCUGGGCGCCGAGGCCGACCGCCUGGAGGAGUUGGUGGAGGAGCUGGAGGCCGCGCAUCGCCGGCCGCUGGCGGAGCUGGGAUCCGUGCUGGACCUGCUGGUGCGCCUGGCGGGCAGCGGGCCCCCGCGAAUGCUGCGGCGCCGGCGGGACUUCUUCCUGCACAGCCGGCCCGUCGGGAGAGACGUUCCCUACGGCGGCUACGACUGCGCCGACCUGAGCGGGUUGGAGGCGGACGUGCGGUCACUCAUCUCCGGAGAGGAGUAUCUGUGUCGGGACCUGGUCCGGAAGACGCUGCAGGUGAUGGAGGCGGCGCCGGGCACCGGCCUGCCCGCCGUCGGGCUCUUCUCGUAUGGCGACCCCUGCGGGGACAGGUUUGAGAGGGACACCCGCGUCUCGCUCUUUGGAGCCCUGGUGCACAGCCGCACGGCCGACCUGGACGUCCGCCUGGACCUGCCCCCGGUGCCGGACAGCGCAGACCUCUCCGGACUGGCCAUCAAGGUCUCUUCGAGUGUGGAUCAGUCGGAAGAUGAAGGGUUUCAAUCAGCAUCCAAUCUGACUCCUGAUUCCCAGUCUGAGCCGGGCAUGACUCCAGACAUUGACCUGUGGGACGCCGUGCUCACCUACGAGGCCAGCAAGCGGAGGUGCUGGGAGCAAGUUGGAUGCCCGCCUGGCCACCGAGAGGAGCCCUACCUCACCGAGGCCGGAAGGGCCGCCUUCGACAGGUCCUGCCGGCUCUGCCAAGCAGGGCUGCAGGUGCUGGGCGGGGGCCUCCUGCAAGCCCCGCAGCCCGUCCUGGUGAAGGAGUGCGAGCUGGUGAAGGAUGCGCUCAACAUCCUGAUUGGGGUCGUGUCCGCCACGUUUUCCCUCUGCCAGCCAGCGCAGGCCUUCACGGUGAAGCAGGGUGUCCACGUCUCAGGAGCAUCCCCCGAGAGCAUUAGCAGCCUCCUCUCGGAGGUGGCUGAGUGCGGGACCCACUAUGCGCGCCUGAGCCACUUCUCUCUGCAGCCUGUGCUGGACUCCUCGUGCAGCGAGGGCCUCGUGUUCCAGGCCUUCACCAGCGGCCUGAGGAGGUACCUGCAGUACUACCGGGCCUGUGUGCUCUCCACCCCGCCCACCCUGAGCCUCCUCACCAUUGCCUUUCUCUUCAAGAAACUGGGCCGGCAGCUCAGGUACCUGGCUGAGCUCUGCGGUGUCGGCACUGGACUCCUGGGUGCUGGGGGCGGAGCGCCCGGGGCUGCGUUCCCCACUGGGGUGAAGCUGCUCUCCUACCUCUACCAGGAGGCCCUGGAUAACUGCAGCAACGAGCACUACCCGGUCCUGCUGUCUCUGCUGAAGACCAGCUGCGAGCCCUACACGCGGUUCAUCCACGACUGGGUGUACAGUGGGGUCUUCAGAGACGUUUACGGCGAGUUCAUGAUCCAGGUGAACCACGAGUACUUGGGCUUCAGAGAUAAGUUUUACUGGACCCACGGCUACGUACUUAUUUCCAAAGAGGUGGAGGACUGCGUCCCCGUGUUCCUGAGGCACGUCGCCCACGACGUGUAUGUCUGCGGGAAGACCAUCAACCUGCUGAAGCUCUGCUGCCCCCGGCAUUACCUCUGCUGCUCCGAUGUCCCGGUCCCUCGUGUCUCGGUGAUAUUCUCCCUCGAGGAGCUGAAGGACAUCGAGAAGGACUGUGCCAUCUACGUGGGCCGGAUGGAGAGGGUGGCGCGCCACAGCUCCAUCAGCAAGGAGGAGAAGGAAUUACGAAUGGAAAUUGCAAAACAAGAAUUAAUCGUCCAGGCCCGGGAAGCGGCGUCCAGGGUCCUGAGCGCGCUCAGCGAUCGGCAGCUGUCUGAGCGGAUGGCCUUGGAUGCCCAGAAGCGAGAGCAGUUUCAGAGGCUGAAGGAGCAGUUUGUGAAGGACCAGGAGCGCCGCCGGGCGGCCAGGCAGGAGGAGCUGGAUGAUGACUUCAGCUACGCCCGUGAGCUCCGGGACCGGCAGAGGAGGCUGAAGGCCCUGGAGGAGCAGCUGGAGAGGAAGGCCAGGCAGGCCCUGGUGGAUCAUUACAGCAAGUUGUCUGCAGAGGCAGCUCGUCGGGAGCAGAAGGCGCUGUGGAAGGUCCAGAGGCACAGAUUGGCCGGCGCUCGGCUUCGUUUUCUCUUAGAAGAUCAGAAACGCGUUCAGGAGCUGCUGGAAGACAUGGCGGAGGGGAAGCCCCUGGAGCCGCUGGCCAUCCUCCCGGGUGCCCGCUUCCAGGCUUCCUUUCUGGGCCCUGAGCACCCCGACGGAGGCGGCAGCUGUGAUCCUGGGUAUGAGGGGCGGCACGAGGCUGCCCGGGACAGCCCCGACAGGCAGAGCGUGCUGACGCCGCAGCCCCUCGAGCCUCCAGCAGCUGGGGCCUGCGGCUCAGGGCCAGGAGCAGGCCCGCUGUCAGAGCAGGCGGAGGGGCCGGGGCCGUUCUCUGUGGGCCUCAGCAUCCGAGACUUCCUGCCCACGGCCCAGGGGGCUGAGCAGCCUGUGCUCACCAGCGCGGCCCCCGUCCUGGACGAGGCGCUGCAGACCAUUGGCUCGGACCUGCCUCCCCUGGCUCCGUCUGCAGCAGCGGACACAGGGCCCUCCGGGCCACAGGAGUACGAUUUCAGAACCAUCCUGAGGCCGUCUGUGGCCGCCCCAGCUUCCCCAGGGGCCCUGCAGACUGCAGGAGGCAGCUUGGGCAGUGAGGGGCAGCGGCUGCGGGAGGACACUCACGUGCAGCUGGACACGUGUGUCCCAGAUGGGCGGGUGGCUCUGCCUUACGCGCACCCCCCCCAGCACCCCUCCUGCCAGGAGGAGAGCAGCCAGGACCCGGGGCAGCUCUGUGGGCAAGUGGCAGAGCCUGGUGUUCCCACAGAGGGUUAUGCUUCUGGAAUGGCUCCCGCCCGGCCACGGUGGAACAUCCACGGACACGUGUCUGAUGCCAACAUCAGGGUGGGGGAGAACGUGUGGGAUGUGGCCCCCUCCCGGCCACGGUGGAACGUCCACGGACACGUGUCUGAUGCCAGCAUCAGGGUGGGGGAGAACGUGUGGGAUGUGGCCCCCUCCCGGCCACGGUGGAACGUCCACGGACACGUGUCUCAGUCCAGUGUGAUGCUGGGGUUGCUCUCAGGGGAAGCUGAGCCCAACGUGCCCGGGCCCCCCUGGGCGCCCCCUGACCAUGGGUCCCGGUCAGGCCUCAGCUUGGGAGCCCAGAGCCCUGCCCGGGAAGACGAGCCACGGCUGCCUGCAGAGACGGCCUCAGGCGGCUCUGGCCGUGGGGAGGAGACUGGCCUGCAGGACUUGCUGUCUGCGGAGGCUGCACCCACUGCUCUGGAAGACAGUAUCCCUGAGGAGCCAGGCCCGGGGGCGAGUGGGGACUCGCAGGACCUCUCUCCAAGCGGCCCUCCGAGCUCACAGGUCAGGGCAGACGGGGUCAGGGGCUGGGGACCAGGAGUCGGGGCAGCGUGUGCUGCUGCUGGGCCCCCUGCCCCUGCCUGGCCUGUCGUGGGCAGUGAGGGCUCCGCCCUGGGACUGGGCAGCACGCGGGGGGUGCCCCCCGCCCAGUCCGUCCUCUCCCGUUCGAGGGGAACAGGCGGGCUCCUUGAGGCUGGGUUGUCUCAGGAGGGCGUAGACACCCGGAGCAGCCCAGGCCCUGGCGAGGAGGCGGCCCAACGCUGGGACAGGGAGCAGGCCUACCUGGCGGGCCUGGCGGGGCAGUACUGCCUGGAGCGGUACCCGGACACCUACGAGGCCAUGUCAGAGCCUCCCGUUGCCCGCCUCCUGCACCACGGGCUGCCCCGAGCUUUUGCCCUCCCCGAGGACCCCGGGGCCCAGUCAGACGCAGACGCGAGCGCAGUGCAGCUGAGCGAGCUGCUGCCGCUGCCCGUGCUCAUGAAGCACUCCAUCACGGCCCCGCUGGCUGCCCACGUCUCCCUGGUGAACAAGGCCGCAGUCGACUACUUCUUCGUGGAGCUGCACCUCGGGGCACACUUCGAGGCGCUGCGGCACUUCCUGCUGAUGGAGGACGGGGAGUUUGCGCAGUCCCUCAGCGACCUGCUCUUCGAGAAGCUCGGGGCGGGACAGACGCCUGGGGAGCUCCUCAGCCCGCUGGUGCUCAACUCCGUGCUGAGCAAGGCCCUGCAGUACAGCCUGCACGGCGACACGCCGCACGCCGCCAACCUCUCCUUCGCCCUCAAGUUCCUGCCCGAGACGUUUGCCCCCAAUGCCCCGGACGUGCUGAGCUGCCUGGAGCUCAGGUACAAGGUUGACUGGCCCCUCAACAUCGUGGUCACCGAGGGCUGCUUGAGCAGGUACAGCGGCAUUUUCUCCUUCCUGUUGCAGCUGAAGCUCAUGAUGUGGACGCUCAAGGAUGUCUGCUUCCACCUCAAGCGCACAGCACGGGUGAGCCACGCAGCCGGCUCGGUGCAGUUCCGCCAGCUACAGCUGUUCAAGCACGAGAUGCAGCACUUCGUGAAGGUCAUCCAGGGCUACAUCGCCAACCAGAUCCUGCAUGUCACCUGGUGUGAGUUCCAGGCCAGGCUGGCCUCGGUGGGCGACCUAGAGGAGAUCCAGCGCGCCCAUGCCGAGUACCUGCACAAGGCUGUGUUCAGGGGCCUGCUGACGGAGAAGGCGGCGCCGGUCAUGAACAUCAUUCACAGCACCUUCAGCCUGGUGCUCAAGUUCCGCAGCCAGCUCAUCGCCCAGCCCUGGCGCGGCCCCGAGCACCCCAACUUCGCCCUCCUGCAGCAGUCCUACAGCACCUUCAAGUACUACUCCCACUUCCUCUUCAAAGUGGUGAGCAAGCUGGUGAACCGCGGCUACCAGCCCCACCUGGAGGACUUCCUGCUGCGCAUCAACUUCAACAGCUACUACCAGGACGCCUGAGGCCUGUGCGGCCCCGGCGGGGGUGCCUGCGCUGCAAUAAAGGUGCUGGCCGCCCCACUCCCGCCUCUCUCUACCGGGCGGGUCCUGGGCCGGGGCGGGGGCAGAGCGAACGCACGGAGGCGGAGGCGACCGAGGGAGCUGCCAGUUUAUUUAGGGGCUGCGUCCCCCGCCAGGCUGGCGAGGUGGGCGGGGGCUGUGCGUCCGCCGGUCCCCUCUGCUGAGCUGAGCAGUCCUGGCGCAAAGCAGCCUGUCGCCGGGAGCAGAGCCUGGGGGCUGGGCGGUGCUGCCGAGUCAGCAUCGGACAGAGACGGGUCAGGUCCUGACUGGGCAUCUCUGCCGUCAUGGAGAGACAGGUGGGGCGGGCGCCGCCUCGCCUCGUGGACUCGAGGGCUCGGGCCUCGGGGCUCCUGUGUGGAGGCCUCCAAGGCGGUUACGACGAUCACGUCACACACAGCUCCGCGGCCCAGAGCGGGGGCUUGCAGCUGUACGAGUGCCGCCGGCUGGCUGCCCCGCCGGCCUCCCCGCUGGCCUCCUCGGGCUCGGCGACCUCGCAGGCCUCGGCGGCCUCCCCCUCCCCACGGUAAGGGGUCUCCAGCAGCUUCAGCACCCGCCGCACCUGGAGGAGAGCAGGGGGUGCAGUGUUUGUUGGGGCCCCGCCUCCCCGGCACCGGGAGGGGACCAGGAGGGGAGGGCCGGGCGGGCCGCUUGCCUCUGAGAAGUCUCCGCUCUCGGCGGCCUGGAUGGCGCCCUGUGCGAUGUAGUUCCUCAGGACGUACUUGGGGUUGUUGGCGUGCAUGACGCGCACGCGCUCGGCCUGCCAGGCCGCGGUGUCGCCGGCGGCCUCCUGAUCCUUCUCCAGCCGGGCUCUGGAGUCACACCCGAGCCGAGCGUCAGCAGAGCAGCCCCGCCCCGCGGCCCUGGGGUCCCCACUGGGGGCGGGGUGUGGGGGGCGGGGGCCCACCUGUACUCCAGGAGCCACUCGGCCCAGUGGCUCCUGUUCUUGCUGUGCAGCUCGGCCGGGCUCAGCUGCUCCAGCCGCGACUGCCGCUCCACGCGCUCCAGCUCCCGCGCCAGGCUCGCCCGCGUGCCGAUGAGCGCCAGAAGCUGCGGGUUCGACUGCGCCAGCAUGAGCAUCAUGGACAGCUGCCUGCGUGGAGCGGGCGCGUGAGGGGCCCCAGGCCACGUCGUCCCCGCCGCUGCCCUGGCCCCAGCCCCACCAGGGGUGAGCCUGGGUCCGACGGAUGCAGCAGACACGGGACCGCUACCAGCCGUCCGCCCUUGUUCUACCGCAGGCCCCGCAUGUGACGGGGCACACGGACGCCGCAGGCUGACCCGGGCCGGCCCCGGCUCCCUGCCGGCAGCUACCCACCGACUGACAUCCAACCCAGGACCCAGUCCCUCUGGGAGAGGUUCACUGCUGCCAGCUCCUCCCACGGUGAUCACAGGGCUGGACGCUUCUCCACCUCUGGGGGCAGGGCAGCCCCUGACACCCCCUCCCCCAGUUCCCCUGGCUCCACGCUCAGCAGGUCCUGCCAGCUUCAGCCCCUCCCCGCACUGCUGCACUAGAUGCCUGUUUGCCAUGGGACGGGACACGUUGGUGAUGGGUUUUGAGCUGCACCCUCAGGACGUGACACGAUGGCGCAGAAAGCCUGGUCUGGCUGGAGUCUGCAGGCCCACACCGAGGCUCUUCCUGGGGAGCCUCCCCAGAGCAGAGACCACCAUGCCCCAGCCUGUGCUGCCUGGCCUCCCCAUUCCUGUGUCAGCAUCUCCAUCCUUUCCUCUGACCAGAGGGCCUCAGUGCCACAAAGGCAGGGUCUGACCAUCCCACUCCUGGGAGUGGAGCGGCCGCCUGGGCACUCCAUCUCCAGCGUCCUCCCAAAGGCUUCGUUCUAAAUGUUCCUCCCUUUCCAGAAACAAAUGCUAGGGAAGCAAGACCCCAGUACCCACCGGGGAUCCAUCUGGGGUCGGAAAGCGAGCCUCAGCUCCUCCAGAGAGGCACACUGUGCAGUCAGCGCGGCCAGGAACUCGUCCAGGUCCGGAGACUCCGGCCCGGCUGGGAAGGAGCUCAGCAGGUAGAAGGAGUUUGUGAAGUCAGCACCUGGAACACGCAGCUGCUCAGGGCACCGUCCCAUCACCAGAGGACCAUACGUGUUCAUCCAACACGUGUGUGGUGCCCUGCUCAGCGUCAGGCUGGGGACUCCUGAGCCGUCCCCUCAGUCCUCCCAGCUCAGCCCCCACUCUGAACCUGACGAGUCACUCAGUCUCUCAAGGCCUCCAAGCCUGGUUUCUUCAUCUGUAAGAUGGGUAAAUACAGUGAAGGCACCGAGGCCGGGCCUUGGCCCUCGUCACUGUCGCGGCAGUUAGCACCGCCUGCUUCAGGAGCUGCAGGGUCGAGACGGCACAGGACGUGACACAGACAGACGCUGUGAGGGCCUCAGCAACUUGCUAAAACACUGUCACCAAAACCCCCAAGGAAACAUCCAAAAAACAAACAGACACAAGGGAAAAUGAGAAGGAAACCAGAACGGUAUACUGCAAAAGAUCACCUAAGCACGAGAGCAGUAACGGAGAAAAUAAAGGACAAAAAUGGUGUAAGACAGAAAACAAAGAGCGAAACAGCAUAAGUCCUCCCUUAUCAGUAAUUACUUUAAAAGUAAAUGAAUUAGGGAAUUCCCUGAUCCAGUGGUUAGGACUCUGUGCCUUCACUGCUGAGGGCACGGGUGCAGUCCCUGGCUGGGGAACAAAGAUGCUGCAAACCAGAAAAAAAAAAGUAAAUGGAUUAAAGUCUCCAUUCAAAGAGCAGAGACUGGCAGAACGGAUUAAAAAAAAAAAAAAGCAUGAUCCAACUACAGUAAGAUAACUCGCUGUAGACUCAUAAGUCAAAAGCAAAAGGAUGGAAAAAAUAUCCCAUGAUUUGCAUACUGAUAGUAACCUAAAGAGGGCUGGGGUGGCUACGCUGACGUCAGAAAAAUAGACUUUACGUAAGAACUUGACGAAGAGAGGAGCAUUAUGUAUUGAUGAGUCAGUUCAGCAAGAAGACGUAACAGUUACAAACAUGCACCAAACGAGCCCCCAAUACACAAAGCAAAGACUCGCAAAACUGAAGGGGAACAAAACGUUUCAAAUCAACUACACUCCAAUUUAAAAACAAACAAACCAACCUGAAGGGUGGACUCGAGCAGUUCUGUAAGAGUUGGGACGUCACCACCCAACACGUGGACGGAAGGUCAACGAGGAAACAACGUGAACAACAGACACAACACUCCACCCAAGCUCUCAGAUGCACGUUCUCCACAGCAGACCACGUGUUGGGCCAUAAAACCAGUCUUAAUACACUGAAAAGACCCGUGUCUUCUGCAACCACGAUGGCAUGAAGUCACAAAUGGAAGGACGACUGGAAAAUUCACAAGUGAUGUGAAAAUGAAUCAACUACUGGGUCUACAAAGAAAUCACGAGGGAAAUUAGAAAAUACUCAGAGGUAUGAUCCAAAAGCAGCAGUGCUCAGAGGGAGGUUUAUGGCUGUAAAUGCGCUAAAAGAGCAGCUUUUCUCUCAUCACCAGAAAAAAAUCAACUUGUAACUGUGUGGUGAUCAUUUCACGUUAUACACAUACAGCAAAUCAUGUAGCACAACUGAGACUUAUGUAAUGCCGCACGCCAGUUACUUCUCGGUAAAAAGAUUUCAAAUCAAUAAUCUAAUCUUACAUCUAAAGAAGUAGAAAAAGAACUAAGUAAGACCAAAGUUAGUAGCAUAAAGGAAGGAAAUGAGAUUAGAACAGAGAUAAAUGAAAUAGAGAAAAACAAGAGAAAAUCACUGAAACCAAAGUUGGUUCUUUGAAAAGAUCAGUAAAACUGACAAAGUUUUAGCUACGCUAAGAAAGAAAAAAAGACACAGGUAAUAAAGGAAAUAAAAGUGGGGACAUCACUGCAGACUGUACAGAAAUAGAAGACUAAGAAAACACUAUAAUAAUUUAGAUAACAGAGAUGACACAAACUCCCAGAAACAUAAAUUACCAAACCUGACUCAAGAAGAAACAGAAAAUCUAAAUAGUCCCAUAGCAAGUAAGGAGACUGGAAACUUCCUAACACAGGGAAUGUUAGGACCAGACAGCUUCACUGGUGAAUUCUACCAAACAUUUAAGGAAGAAUUAACACCAGUCCUUCUCAGAUUCUUCUGACAAAUAGGAGGGAACGCUUCCUAACUCAUUCAUGAGGUCAGCACUGCCUCGAUACCAAAGCCAAACAAAGACAGCACAAGAAAAAAAGAAAACCACAGACCAGUGUCCCUUGUAAAUACAGAUGUAAAAGGAACCUCACCAGAACAGCAGAAGGAGCAAGCAGGGUUUAUCCCCAGAACGCAAGGCGUGUGUGUGUCCCCUGCCCGAUUCAUAUAUGGAAACCCAGCUCUGCAGGGUGAUGGUGUUUGGAGCGGGGGCCUCUGGGAGGUAGGUCACGAGGGUCAUGCCCCUGCUCCCUACCCUGCCGUGUGAGGACAGCCAGAAGGCGGCACCCUGAUCCUCGACCCCCAGCUUCCAGACCGUGAGAGGCAGUUUGAACUAAGACAGGACGUGAAUGAGGAAGUAAAACCUGGUGAUCACCUCAACUGAGGCCUAGUGUGGAAACACCCAGUGAGGGGCAGAAGGAAACAUCCUCUACUUGAGAAAAGCCACGUGUACACAGGCCAACGGCUCGCAUCACACUCGUGUGUGACAGAGCUUGUUCCCCCAAGAGCAGGAACAGUAAGUGACGCUGGCUCGGCCACUUCUGCCACGCAGAACCAGGCGUCCUAGCCGGAGCGGCACCCUGGAGAGGAUGGGAAACAGGAACGCAAAGACAUGGCACGUCUGUGUUCACAGCAGCGGUAUUAUGCAUGGCGGCCAGAGGGUGGAACAGCCCAAGUGUCCCACAGACCAGGGACGAGCAAAAGGCAGGCCACCCGCACAGACUGUCCGUACAGCAGGGAUGACCACCAUGGAGGACGUCGUGCUGCGUGGGGUGAGCUGGACACACGGGGAGAAGAGCCUCAUGAUCCCCUUGCCUGAGGUCCCUGCAGGAGGCGAGUUCUUAGAAAGCAGGCGUGAGGUUACCAGGGGUGGGGGGAGGGGCCGGGGAGCUGGCGCUUCACAGGUGCAGAUGUCCGUCUGGGAAGACGAGAAAGUUCUGUGGACGCAGUGAUGGUUGCAAGACAAGGUGAAUGUGCUUAAAGCCACCGAGACGUUAAAGGUCGGUUUCAUGUUGUUUCACCACAAGGUGGUGCACGCGCCCUACCCACACUCACCUGUCAGGUGCAUGGUCUCCAGGAGCCUGGCCACCAGGGCGCUGUCCUCCUCCCGCUCAGCCCGCACAAGGCCCAGCUUCCAGCGCAUUUUCUGCAAAUAGUGCCUGUGGAACUCGGCAUCGAACUCCUCUGCCAGGAUGGCCUCGGCCAGCUCGAGGGGCAGCGCGGGGUCCAGGGCCUCCGCCAGCUUCUGCAGGUUCCACUUGCACACCUCGGGCUGCCUGCUGUACGAGUAGCGCCCGGCGGUGUCGGAGGCGUUGCACACGUGGUCGGGGUCAUACCUGCCACGUGGGGAGAGCCGGGAGCUGCCUGAGAGGACCUGCCGAGGACAGUGCAGGCCCUGGGUGGCUGCCGCUCCACUGCCUGCCCCACGGGGCCCCGCAGCCUCUAGAGCAGGGGAGCCGCACUCCAUCCAGCGCGGCCCCCGCGGCCGCCCCUUCAGCCCACUCUCCACCCGGGAGCCGAGAGGGUGCUGUUUAAAGUGCUCCUGUGCUCAGAACCCUCCAGGGACUCCUGCUCUGGGGAUGGCUGGCUGACCAGGCCUUGCUGAGAAUUAAACACCGAACAAAACGUUAACAGCCCUGCAGGUCCUUCCCGUCGCCUUGAGAUGCCCGCGCUGUCACGUGCCUCCCCGCCAGGGCCCCCUGGCAGGCGGCGGGAUGCCCACCUGUCCAGGAAGCCGAAGGGCCCGUAGUCGAUGGUGAGCCCCACGAUACUCAUGUUGUCCGUGUUGAGCACGCCGUGGCAGAAGCCCACGCACUGCCACUCAGCCACCAGCUGGGCCGUGCGCCGCGUCACCUGCAACAGCGGCACAGGACAGCCGCUGGGUGCUCCCCUCUGCCCCCCGCCCCCCGCGCCAGCGACCGUGUCCUGUCCUGUGAGCUGACGCUCAGCUGUGGGCAGAACAACCAAGGACGGUUAAGAAGGGAAAAGUAUUUUGGAUGAGUUGACAUCAGUGGCUCUGUUCCUCACAUACACCCUCUCUCUCUCUUACGUACUCACUGUUUUUUGGCUUUAAUCCAAACCAGAAAAGUCAGGGAACCUGGACAUUCCCAUGACUCAGGCCCCGUAGGAUGACCACGUGGAAACAAGGGAAGAAGUUACACAUUCUCAGGCGAGAACUGCCCAGGUCCAGAUGCUGUGCCCAGGGCCCCGCCUCGCCCUGGGCUGCAGGGAGAGGGGCUCAAACAGCCCCGCUGCCGCCCCCUAUCACCCACGUGACAGACGAGAGGCAACAGUGCGGCUGCAGUGGGGUCCGAGGAGUGACAGGUGCAGGACAGUGGCCUCCGGCCCUCAGGCCGACCCCUCGCCCUGCUGCCUGUUUCACUGGCUGAGGCUGCGCCACCUCCCACAACUGUGACUGUCGUGUGAGGCGACGCCUAAGAGUUCUGGGGGAAAUGGAGAGGCCAAGGGUGUGUGUCUGGGGCCACCGUGAACACAGGCCCCACGCGGGAGGCCCAGCACCCACCAGCCCUGACUCCCUCCCAAGCUCCCCACGUGGCCCCUCGAUGCUGCUCCAACAGUGACCUGGGGUCUGUCCCAGGACCCCGACCCUCAGCCAUAUCUGAGAAGUUGCCCCUGGGGCCGGGCACCCAGCGUCUGCCCCCGGGGGGGGCAGCUCCCACCGACCUCCCGGAAGAAGGCGGCGUGUCUCUGCACGCUGUCGCUGGCGUGGGUGGCCUGGAUCUCGGGGUAGAAAGUGCUGAUGACAUAGUCAAGCAUCUGCACUCGGAUGUCGUUCCUCCCCACGCUGGGGCCUGCGCGCCCCGUGUGCUCGUCCGAGGACUUGAAGAUCUCAAAGGAUCCGAACCUGGAGGGAAGACCCGCGUUGACAACAGGUUAAAUGUGAUGCCUCCCCCUCACGAGUAAGGAAGGAGGGAGGGUGCUGCUAGCCCUCGUGGCGGGGCAGGGGGGACAAACCACCAAAUGUAGCUGGCCGUUCAGUGACUCAGGCAGACACAGGGCACUUCCCGGGGUGCAUGGGGCCGGGAAUGCCACGGCCGCCCUGCAGGGACGAGAGGGGUUCUGUGUCCGGCCUCCCACACCGAGGGAUGCGCCCGUCACCGGCGUCCUGUAGUGGGGUGACCCGCAGGCUCAGCGGUGGGGCAGUUAUAGCCCCCAGGGGGCGGGCUAACGUCCGGAGGCAUUUUUGGUUGUCACGAUGGGGGUUACUACCAGCAGCUCGUGGGUGAAAGCCAGGAACGCUGCCUGAACACCCUACGAGACACAGAUCAGCUCACAGCAAAGACGACCUGGUCCAAAGGCCCCUAGUGCAGCUGUGCCCGGAGGCCCCGGGUCUCCCAGGACGAGGCCAACGCCUGCCCCGACACCUCCACCCCCGGAGGACAAACGGAAAGCUGGUGACAGCUGACGCACAGGGUCGGCCUGGGUCACCUGACCCCACCAGACGGCCACAGCCACCUCCUGGCGACUCUGGGUUCAGGUGGUCAGUACUGAGCACCCGACGCCAGACAGCGUGGUGACGUCGAGGACUGACAGGCCCCGCUGGAGACAGCAGCCAGGAGGCCUCCAGUCAGUGAAAGGGGCCAGAGGAAGCGGGCACACCAGGCGUCACGGCCGCUCGUCCAGCAGCACAGCGAGGCCGUUUUCUGGGUGCAUCUUAUGUAGCUCCUGGUCAUAAACUCCAGGUCCACAGCUCUGGACACACCGCCCCAGAGCCUGCACUGGGCGAUCUCCUCUGGUCGCCCCAGGCCCUGCACCCUGGCCGGGCAGGUGCACUCCGGCCACCGGGGCGACACAGGAGCACGAGGACGGGCGUUACCUGAGGAACGUGGGGGCCACGCGCAGCACGACCGCGCACUGCUCGGGCCUGGGGUUGCCGUCGUAGAACACGUCCCGCUCGACGGUGGACUGAGACGUGACGCAGGCGCCGGCCCGCGUGGUGGGGAUGCCCAGGUGGAACAUGGCCUCGCUGCACAGGAACUCGCGGACGCUCGAGCGCAGCACCUUGCGACCGUCGGCCUGUCUGAGGUCAAGCACAGAGGUCACUGCUGGGCUCCACUCAACACCAAGACAUGGUCACAGAGGGAAGGGGCUGGAAGAACGCCUCCUAAUGGCUUCUUAAAAACAACCCAUGGGCUUCCCUGGUGGCGCGGUGGUUGGGAGUCCGCCUGCCGAUGCAGGGGACACGGGCUCGUGCCCCGGUCCGGGAAGAUCCCACGUGCAGAGCAGCUGGGCCCGGGAGCCAUGGCCGCUGAGCCUGCGCGUCCAGAGCCUGUGCUCCGCAACGGGAGAGGCCACAACAGUGAGAGGCCUGCGUACCGCACAAAAAAAUACAUAAAUAAAGUAAAAUAAAAACAACCCACGAGCAGCUCUGACAUCACUGUAAAGAGUCUGCUUUGGACGAUCCCAGGAGCUAAGCCCCUAACCUCCUCCAGGCCUGGAACCGCAGCACAGGGUGCCUGGCCCGCAGCAGGAGGCCAAGUCCACACAGAAGUCAGGGAAGGCUACUCCCAGGGUCACACACACGCUCGCAAAUCCACAAUUCUGUGUUUACGAAUUUACGUUGUGGACAUCCUUUUACAACAGCGCAGACACAGAGCAUCAUCUGCAGUGGCGGGGAGGACCCCAGUCUCCCUCAGGCAGCUCUGAAUCACGUGGGUGUUUUCUUAUGCUAAACCUUCAUUAUUACUGUUAUUUUAAAUAGACUUUCUUUUCCUAGGCAGUUUUAGGUUCACAGCAAAGCUGGUCAGAAGCCAAAGAGACUUCUCAUAUACCCCGCCACCACACACACAGCCUCCCCCAGUAUCAACAUCCCCACCAAGGGGAGACAUCUGUCACACCUGAUGAAGCUAUGCCGACACAUCAUCGUCACCCAGCGUCCACUGCUUACACCAGGGUUCACUUGCAGUGUCGUCCACUCUGUGGGUCUGACAGAGAUCCACCAUUACAGUGUCAUACAGAACACUUUCACGGCCCGAAAAACCCUCUGUGCUCUACCUGGUCAUCUCUCCCCUCCCAACCCCUGGUCUUCUAUUGUCUCCAUAGUUUUGCCUUUUCCAGAAUGUCACAGAGUUGGAAUCCCUGUGUGGCCUUUCAGAUUCACUUCCUAUGUGCAUCUAAGUUUCUUCCACGUCUCUUCAUGGCUUGAUGCCUCAUUUCUUUUCUUUUUUUUUUU